CGAUAUUUCGCCUCACGACUCAGCAAGACAAGAUCGUUUGUGAUUUAAAUAAAAAAUUAAAAAAUUGACUGACGCCGCAUUGGAAGAGUAAUGCAAUGCCUUUUGAACCGACACUCAGCGACGUCCUGGUCGUACGCGUCAUGCUGUCCCAAACUGUGCUUCUUCCAGAGCUUGUCGGAACCAUCUUGGACUACGCGGAAUAUUGGGCUCGAUCAUCUGCCAAAGCUCAGCCGAGCUUUUCCAUUCAUGCAGAACAAGUUGGCGAUGGUGAAUUCGAUUUCCAAGGAUCCACAUUCCUGCUGAGAUCCUUUCCUAUCGGGCUCACACACGACGUGAUUAGAGAUGAAGACGGCACCUAUCAGACCGAAGGAAUUGCUGCAUGGCCUGUUAAAGAAGAAUACGAUCGAAAUUCUUUCCAACAACUAAUUAGAAACACUUCUAUACAUAGGAAUCCUGUGCGGAAAAUUGUCUUUCGCAUCCGCAGCCACGACCAAGGAUGGACCACAGACGAGAGGACAGGCCCAUUUAUCGAUGCCAAAACUUGGUUCGAAGUUGGUCUCGAGAAAUUCGACGCUAGCCAUGAGUGUGAACGAUGUCCAGAUAUAAAGAAACUACCAAUAUGCAAGCUAAGAGUAGUCGAGCCCAAACCGAAAAACUCAGUAAGCCAUAAUGGCGUUCCUGGGUAUCACUAUGCCCAUUCACCUUGGAAAGGUCCACGGGAAAUCCUGCGCAAUAAAGUGGCCUCUAGGGAAUGGACAACUUACGAGGUGACUUGGACUUGCUGGGACGUCGUCGUUCCAGGCUCGAAAGAAGCGCAGCAAGCGAUGGAGGAGGGCAAAGGGCAAUUGGAUGGAGACGGCAAAUUUGUGCGAAGUCUCAAAAUGGGCGACGUGGUUACGGUGUGGGGAAGGGCGAUGCAUCGCGGGUGGGUGAAUGUGGUUGACACGGUCGAGAUAAACGUUUAUUGGGCACUUUAGAUGGAGUCGGAAUCCAAGACAUGGAGAGCUUAUUCUUGCAUAUGCCAUCAAGUGCCGAUCUGUGAAUGACAAUACAGAGAAGUUCCGACGGAAAUAACGAUCUUCAAGUUAAACGUUUGUAUAUGAGGUGGUUGGGAAUUUGAAUAGCUUCAAGCUCGGGCGGCUGCCUAAUCUCGUCUUACAACCGCGGAGCAUCAACCUUGAUGUCCAUUUUCCGCGGAGGAUAGUUUUCUCUUAGAGACUCAUGCCGAGACAUGGAUCCAGCUUCUUUGAAUGCCGGUUCCCU